AUGGAAAAGGUGCAAGUGUACAUGGACAAGUGGGCAAAAGACCUGGAAAAGUUCCCCGUGCUCCAGUCCGCACAGGACGCGACGGGCGUCGAGAAGCUGUACCUCGUGGCCAGUGGCGCUGCGCUCGUGCUGCUGCUGCUGCUCGUCGGGUUUGGGGCAGGGCUUAUUUGCAAUGUCGUGGGGUUUGUGUACCCUGCAUUCUGCUCGUUCCGAGCCAUUGAGUCGAACGACAAGAAGGACGACGUGCAGUGGCUCACGUACUGGGUCGUCUACGCCUGUUUCAUCCUCGUCGAGGUCUUUGCCGACUUUCUACUGUACUGGAUCCCCUUUUACUAUGCGUUUAAACUGGGCUUUCUCCUCUGGCUCUUUAUGCCGUCGACGCUCGGCGCGUCGUUUCUCUACCUGCACUUUCUGGCCCCGUUUCUCAAGUCGCAAGAGUCGCGCAUUGAUCGCGCCAUGAAAGAAGCAGUAAACAACAGCGGGACAGUCCUUGCUGACAUUAGUGGCGUCGCUAGGGACAUUGGCCGAGACGUGACGAAGGCAGUGGCCAGCAGGAUUGUGGACAAUGCGUCUACGCAGUGA